AUGGCGACUGUCAUUCAUAAUCCAUUAAAAUCGCUCGGUGACCAGUUUUAUAAGGACGCCAUUGAGCACUGUCGCAGCUACAACGCUCGCCUCUGUGCAGAGCGGAGCGUGCGGAUGCCAUUCUUGGACUCACAAACCGGCGUGGCGCAGAACAACUGCUACAUCUGGAUGGAAAAACACCACCGCCAGCCAGGCCAGGCCGCAGGACAGAUGUAUACGUACCCUGCUCGCUGCUGGAGAAAGAAGAGGCGACUCCACCCUCCCCUGGAUCCCCAGCUCCGCCUGUGUGAGCUUCGAUUAGAAGCAGAACUGGCCCCCAAGCGUGAGGGUCCCCCAGUUGAGGCGACAGCCUUGGAGGCCCUCCUGAAGGCUGACAGUCAGCUGGAGAAUAAAAAAAACAGCCUCUGUAAGGAGGAGGAGACGCUGCUGGAAAUUCAGAAAGUGCUGGAGGCAGAGGAAAAUGUGGACAGUUUUCACGAUGACGAUGAGCUUGAACUUGAUACGCCAAAGAGAAAGAACAAGAACAGAGGAAAAAGCAGAGGGUCAACUCGCAGGAGGACAGAAACUGUUAACGUCGACGACCAGGAUAAACCUUACGUCUGUGACAUCUGUGGAAAGCGCUACAAGAACCGUCCGGGCCUGAGCUACCAUUACACCCACACUCACCUGGCCGAGGAGGAAGGUGAGGAGGAGAAGGAAACAGAGAUGGUUCCGCCUUCUCCACCAAGUCUGGACAACCACAAACCUCAAAAAGGCUCAGAUGGUGCAGUUAUCCCCAACGACUACUGUGACUUCUGCCUGGGAGACCAGGACUCAAACAGGAAAACGGGGCAGGCAGAGGAGCUGGUGUCCUGCUCAGACUGUGGACGAUCUGGCCACCCGACAUGCCUGCAGUUCACUGACAACAUGAUGCAGGCGGUGAGGACGUACCAGUGGCAGUGCAUCGAGUGCAAGUCCUGCAGCCUCUGUGGCACUUCGGAGAAUGACGACCAGCUGCUGUUCUGCGAUGACUGUGACAGAGGAUAUCACAUGUACUGCCUGAAGCCUCCAAUGACCCAGCCUCCUGAAGGGAGCUGGAGCUGCCACUUGUGUCUGGACCUGUUAAAGGACAAGGCUUCAGCCUACAUCGAAGCAUAACAGCAACCUGUAAAUCAUACAAAACACACAUCUACACUGACUGUUUGGGAAAAACUUCAGGAACACACGCAUAGACACAGCCAAUUCUUUAUGACGCCCACAUACACAUUCCAGUGCAUUAGCAGGCUCAGGGUGGUUUCCUGUUUGAAGAGACCCUCUACCUCUCAGAAAGCCAAGCAACACUCAACAGAUGCAAAUGCCAUCAGCACGCAGGUCGGCGAACAGCGGGUCUGCUGUUCAGACGUUUCUCUACCUCACCACCCAGUGGACGGCAAGAAGCCAAAGCAAGAAAGAAGCAAAGCAAGCUAUUACGAACCGAACACGUCCAGCUCUCUGUACGUGUCACACCCUCAUUGAAAUUUAUUUUGAUGAUGGAUAUACUUGGAAGGCGUUUGUUCAAGCUGUAUCACUUUCAGCUGCGUUGGGAUGUCCAGCAGAGAAGAACGGAUCAAGUUUGACUGAUGUUUGUUUAAAUUUCUCCUUCCAGCUCCCACUCCUCUCCUGUGUUUAGACUCUGCAGUGACAUUCCUGCUUUAUAUCCGCACCAAGUCUGUGUUCGUUAUCCCACUUUUCGCGAGUAUUUUGUCAAGCUUUUUUAAAAAAAAUUUACAUCCUAAGAGGAAAGGAGGGACAA